AUGUCCAACUUGACGGCGCACCCGCACGCGGUGACGCCGCUCAGCUUCGUGCCCGUCACCCGGCACCCGCAGCAGACCCUCCGGCGCGGCCGCCGGAUGAGCCUGCUUCCGGGGUGGCAGAUGUCGGGCAACCUGCACACGCUUGGCUACUUUUCGGCGCCCGUCUGCCUCGGCUCGCCGUCGCGGCAGUUCGACCUGAUCGUCGACACGGGCUCGGCGCUCACGGCGCUCCCGUGCGAGGGCUGCCCGCACUGCGGCUCUCACAAGCACGGCUCCGUCUCGGGCGCGCGCUUCUCCGAAAAGGCGUCGUCGACGUCCGAGCCGGUGGUGUGCUCGCGGCCACCGCGCGGGAUGUCGACGUGCCGCAGCUGCGACGGCGGCAAGUGCGCCUACUCGGUCUCGUACACCGAGGGCUCCUCCAUCCGAGGCCACCUCGUCUACGACUCGUUUUGGUUCGGCACGGAGCUCGGCAACCGCGCUGUGCGCGCCUCGUUCGGCUGCCAGACGUACGAGUCGGGGCUCUUCUACUCGCAGGUGGCGGACGGGAUCACCGGCAUGUCGCAGGGGCAGGGCUACGGCCCCUGCCUCUUCGACUACCUCCGCGAUCAGACCCGCGCGCCGAACGUCUUUUCGAUUUGCCUGAGCGAGGAGGUCGGCGCGCUCGUGCUCGGAGGAACGGUGCCCCCGGACCUCAAGGCGGAGUGGGUGCCGUACUCGGGCUCGUCCUCGAGAGCCCUCCUCAGUCUACCGCUCCACCAUCAUCGACUCGGGCACCACCUUCAUGUGCGCGACCAGUGGCGCAACCACUGCCCGUGGGGGGCAUGCGCCUCCCGCGUGGCCAAGGGAGAGUACCCAGACGAUUACUGCUACACCAUGUCGACCGACGAGCUCCGCCGCUUCGCGCCCCACUCGCUCCACUUCGCAAACGGCGUCCGCGUCAACUUUGACUCGCGCCAGUAUGCGUAUGAGCUGCGGCGCGGCGUCUGGUGCCUCGGCGGCGGCUACUCGCUAAACGGCUGCAGUCGGAAGACGCCGCCAAGGGCCGGGCCGCCGCCGCCGCCGUCCCCGCCGCCGCCGCCGCCGCCGUCGCCCCACCCGCCGCCGCCUCCCUCGCCCAGCCCGCCGCCGCCGCCGCCGCCGCCGCCGCCGCCGCCGAGCACGCAGGAGCACGCGCAGAUGAACGAGCCGUGCGACGGCUUCGACGAGCGGCGCAGCCGCCCCUUCCCGCCCUGCCGCAAGGGCCUCAAUUGCGAGCCGCGAGGCGGGAACGCGACGUUUGUGCCGGGCGCGGGCAAGUUUUGCACCCUCCCCAAGGGGAGCAUGCUCUUCGAACAGGGGCGCCGCCAGUCGCUCCGAGGGGCGCGCCGCUUGCAACCGCCGGGCUGAGGUGGAGGGGAGCAAGAGCGGACCUUGUGCCUCCGCCGCCCGCUCGCUUCUCUCCUCCACACCCGCCCUCUCCCUCCUCGCUCCCCUGCGUGGUGUGCGUCCCACGCGUGGGCGCAGUUUUCAGGUCGUCCCGACCUAUAGCGUCAACCCCACGGUGACUGUGCCGUUGUCCUGUCGCGGACGUGGGUGGAGGGUGGUGUGCUGCCUGGGCCGGGCCCGCU